UUCCGGGUCUGUGGUGUAAACAUGAGAGCGACGUCUCUACGUUUAAAAUACUGAAUAAAACACUUUUAAAAUCAUUUAUAAACGGCCUGGAUCGAGUCAAAGAAACAGAAAUGGAGACAGAAACUCGUCCUCCAAAGCGGCCCAGUGGUGAAGAGGAGAGAGGCUCUGGAGGCUCAGAGGAUGAAGACUAUGUCCCCUAUGUCCCUGUCAAAAUCAGAAAACAACAAAUGCUCCACAAACUGCAGCGUAUCAGAGGAAAAGCAGUGGACGAGGAGCAGAAAGAAAGUGGUGAGGAGCAAAAAGAUGAAGAAGAGGGUCUGGGUCCACGCUCCAAUGUCAGUCUCCUGGACCAGCACCAAGUCCUGAAGGAAAAGGCUGAAGCUCGUAAGGAAUCUGCCAAAGAGAAACAGCUCAAAGAGGAGGAAAAGAUUCUUGAAAGUGUUGCAGAGGGAAGAGCUUUAAUGUCCGUGAAAGAAAUGGCUAAAGGUAUCAUAUACGACGACCCUAUAAAAACCAGUUGGGCUGCACCUCGUUACAUCUUAAACAUGCCAGAAACGAGACACGAGCGAGUUAGAAGAAAGUUUCACAUUCUGGUGGACGGGGAUGGCAUUCCACCUCCAAUCAAAAGCUUCAGGGAAAUGAAGUUUCCACCAGCAAUACUUAAAGGCUUGAAAAAGAAAGGCAUUAUACAUCCAACCCCCAUCCAGAUACAAGGGAUUCCCACUGUUCUCUCUGGUCGGGACAUGAUUGGCAUCGCUUUUACUGGUUCUGGAAAGACGUUGGUUUUCACUCUGCCGAUUAUCAUGUUUGCCCUGGAGCAGGAAAAACGUCUCCCUUUCUUUAAACGCGAAGGACCUUAUGGCCUCAUCAUCUGCCCAUCUAGGGAGUUGGCAAGACAAACACAUGGCAUUAUCGACUAUUACUGUAAACUGCUGGAAGAAGAGGGAGCUCCUCUGAUGCGCACUGCCCUCUGCAUUGGCGGCAUGUCUGUGAAGGAGCAGAUGGAAGUGAUAAAACAUGGGGUUCAUAUGAUGGUGGCGACUCCUGGCAGACUCAUGGAUUUACUGCAGAAGAAGAUGGUCAGUCUGGAUAUUUGUCGCUACCUGGCUCUGGAUGAGGCUGAUCGGAUGAUUGACAUGGGCUUUGAGGAGGACAUUCGAACCAUUUUCUCUUAUUUUAAGGGACAAAGACAAACCCUCCUUUUCAGUGCUACUAUGCCAAAGAAGAUACAAAACUUUGCCAAGAGCGCACUUGUCAAACCAAUAACUAUUAAUGUGGGCCGGGCGGGUGCUGCCAGCUUGGACGUCAUUCAGGAAGUGGAAUAUGUCAAAGAGGAGGCCAAGAUGGUGUACUUACUGGAGUGUCUACAGAAAACGCCCCCACCUGUUUUGAUAUUUGCUGAGAAAAAGGCUGAUGUCGAUGCUAUUCACGAGUAUCUUUUGCUGAAAGGUGUAGAAGCCGUGGCCAUUCAUGGAGGAAAAGACCAAGAGGAAAGAACAAAAGCCAUAGAGGCGUUUAAAGAAGGGAAAAAAGACGUGUUGGUAGCUACAGACGUCGCCUCUAAGGGUUUGGAUUUCCCUGCAAUACAACAUGUAGUAAACUAUGACAUGCCCGAGGAGAUCGAAAACUAUGUCCACAGAAUUGGAAGAACGGGUCGCUCGGGAAAGACUGGAAUUGCCACGACUUUCAUCAAUAAAGGCUGUGAUGAGUCGGUGCUGAUGGAUCUGAAGGCGCUGCUGGUCGAGGCCAAACAGAAGGUUCCUCCGGUCCUCCAGGUUCUGCAGACGGGCGACGAGACCAUGCUGGACAUCGGAGGCGAAAGGGGCUGCACGUUCUGCGGGGGUCUGGGCCAUCGCAUCACAGACUGUCCCAAACUGGAGGCUAUGCAGACAAAGCAGGUCACCAACAUCGGACGCAAGGACUACUUAGCCCACAGCUCUAUGGACUUUUAAAGACUUUUCUUUUAUAAAAGGAACUGAGAAAAUUUUCUAAAAAUAGUGCAGUUAAAUGUCAUAAAACAGAACAAAGAAAGUGCUGGAAAACUGUAAAGAUAUUUUUGUUUGAUGAGUCGACUUUAGAUGCUGUAAAUAAAUUACUCUUGUUGUUUUAUUUU